ACGUGCAUCAAGUGACAGUGCAUAAGAUGGCUGCGGCGAGUCUAGCGAAGAACUACCAGCGUAUGUCCGUUGAAAGUUGCUUUAACUGGAAGAGACAGAGGCAUGUAGGAGAAGAAGUGGAGUCAGUAGACGUGGGGCCCCUUGGGCCGAGCAUGUCAUUUCUUCUUCCUCCUGUUAGUGAGCCCGCGGAAUUCUUGAAGACUUUCGGUGAAGGAGGAAAGAGUGACGUGAAAUUUCGGUUUAAUCACGGAACGACAACUUUGGCAUUCAAGUUUCAAAACGGAGUCAUAGUUGCUGUCGAUUCUAGAGCUACCGCUGGAUCAUGGAUAGCAUCUCAAACUGUCAAGAAAGUUAUUGAAAUUAAUCCUUAUUUGCUUGGUACAAUGGCUGGUGGUGCAGCCGACUGCUCGUUUUGGGAGAGAUCUUUGGCGGUUCAGUGCAGACUGUAUGAGUUGAGAAACAAGGAGAGGAUUUCUGUUGCUGCAGCGUCGAAGUUGCUGUGUAAUAUGCUUUACCACUACAAAGGCAUGGGGCUGUCUGUUGGGUCGAUGAUUAUUGGAUGGGACAAGAAGGGCCCCGGUCUGUAUUAUGUUGAUAGCGAUGGUACACGACUGACUCACCACAUCUUCUCUGUCGGAUCGGGUUCAACAUAUGCAUAUGGAGUGUUGGACUCUUGUUAUCGCUGGGAGUUAAAGGAUGACGAGGCAUAUCAACUUGGUAUAAGAGCCAUUUACCAUGCCACACACAGAGAUGCAUACAGUGGGGGCGUGGUCAAUUUGUAUCACAUGAAAGAGACUGGAUGGGAGAAGAUAUCUCAGACUGACGUCACAGAACUGCAUUACAAAUACCAGGAAGAGAAGAAAUCUAGUUCUUGAACACAAUUUUUUGUUGAUGUAAUAAUACACAUGUAGUAAAUCAGAGUGUCAAACAUACUAGCA